AUACCGUGCAGUCCGGGGACUCAUGCACCACGAUCGAUUCCAAGUGAGUUGUUUUUUUAGCUGAUGAUGACUAAUUGCGCUGAUACAACGUACAGAUACAACAUCGCGCUGAGCGACUUCUUGCGCUGGAACCCUGAAGUUUCGUCGACUUGCAACAAUCUACAGUUGGCUGUGCGCGGCUACUGUUUUUUCUGUCUAUCUUCACUGACAGCGCUCUCGCAGGCUUACUGCGUUCAAAAUUCUCCGGCGUGCAACAAUGUCUACACCGUCGUUAGCGGUGAUUCCUGCUCGAACAUCGAGUCUUCUUAUGGUCUUACCGAUGCACAGUUGCACACACUAAACCCUUGGCUCGAUUCGUCGUGUGGUCAGUAUUAGACACGAUUAUACCACACCGAGGAUGACAGCUGACGUGCUCAAUAGAUUUGCAAGUUGGUCAGAAUCU